AUGGCUGUAGACAGUCCAUUAGAUGCCUUUUAUGAUAUAAGGUAUUUAACUAUUACUUUGAUUGACAAUCCUCUGCCGAAUAACAAGGAUCAAGUAAAUGAAGUUGGAGUUGUUUUGUAUUCAUUUUUCGGCUUGAUCUAUAGAUUCCGACUUUUGAGAGGAAGCAGUUUACAGUCAAAUGACGUUAUGGAUGGGGGCAGGAUGAUGAUGCCUCCGCCGCCCAUGAUUAAUAUGCCUCAUGUACCCUUACCACCACAAAGCGAAGAAGAACGCAAUGUAAUUGACAGGUUAGCAGGAUUUGUGGCGAAAAACGGGAUGGAAGUUGAGAAAAGAAUUCGUGAAAAACAAUACGGAAACCCGCAUUUUGCAUUUCUCUACGGUGGCGAGCAUUCGGAGUAUUACCGUUAUCAGCUGUAUUUUGACCCCAAUGCUCCACCACCUUUACCUAUGCAGCCUCAGUUUGAUGCAAGCGCCAUAUUAGCGGAAAUCACAUCCUUAAAUCAACAGAUUGCUGACAGUGAAGCUAAUUUGAGAGCACAGUACGAAUCAAUCGAAAUUCAGAAAGAAGUAGCCCAAUUAGCUGCGGCAAUAGAAGUAGCUGAGAAAAGCAAAAUCGAAUCAAUAUGUGAACAGGUUUCAUUGGAUGUAUCGCCUUUAUCUAAACUCCUUGACCAACUUAGUGGGCACUGUUCGAAGGAAGUUAUUGCGUCGAGCAAGAAAUGGAUAUUUGAAAAGUGCACGACUGACCGUCUUCGAGAGGUAAUCCUUAUGUACUUACUUUAUCGUGUGAAGGAGCCUCGCGCGACGGAACAGUUCAAACUCCACAUCCUUUACCUCAUCAACGACUGGGCGCAUCAUUGGUACCAGCGUAAGAAAUUGGACGCUAUAAGGCAAAUGCUUUCUCGUUACGUCCCACAGUUGUAUGCUUUCACUGCUCAAGGCGCCAACGAUCCGACUCUGAAUGAAAAACUGGAGAAGUUAGUCGGUGUUUGGGAAGGUCACAAAUACUUUGAUGAUGGCUGUUAUAAGCAACUCAGAAAUCCAUUACUGAUAUACCAGAACUGGAAAAAUGCUCAACAAGCAGAAUACGCUAAAAAAGCAGCUGAGAUUCAUGCACAACUUGUCGCAACAUGUAAUGGUUACGAAAGGCAACAUGUUGAGUUUGCUAUGCAUACAAGAGCUCAAAUUAACGCUUUGCAACAACAGUUAGAAUUACAACGGAUGAAUCAAGGUGGGGGACCUCCCAUGCAGUCAUUACCUAUUAGUGGAGCGGAAGGAGUACCACAACAAUCACAGCAACAGCCAAUGAAUCGCCGUGAAAGACGGUCAAGGUUUGACCAGAAAGCCGGGCCAUCCGGUCAAGGUGGAAACUAUAAUCAACCAAACGCUGAAGGAGAGUACGGUCGGUUUUUUGGAUCACAACCAGAUGGCCAAACUAGUACGGCUCCUCCUAAAGUUGAUGACCUUCUUCAUGCUGGUCCUGGUGGCUCUGAAACUGGUUAUUACGAAGAACAAGAUUACGGUGAUGCUAGACAACGGAGCAAUAAAACCGAUGCCAUGAAAGGGGGUAUUGACCGGGGACCUCCACAAGUUGGUUUUCGAGGUGGACCUCCGGUUAUUGAUGAUGCGGCCCUAAUACCUAACUGCCCAUAUUACGAGCUGCCGGCUGGCAUGAUGCUACCUUUAAUCGACAUGGAAGAUGUUCUUUAUAAACCAGUCCCAGUUUCUAAACUGCGACUACCGCCACCUAUCCCACCUAGCGACCGACUGUUACAUGCAAUUGAGAUAUUCUAUGCGCCACCUUCCAUUGACAGUCCAAGAGAUGCAAGUUGCAGCGAGGGAUGGGAAAGGCUAGGUCUGCUAGAAUAUUACGCAAAAAAGGCUGAAAUUCGAAAACGAUGGGAAAAUAAAGCAAAGGACGAAGGAAAAACUUUGGAAGAUCUGAUUGAGAACGUAUAUCUUGAGAGCGACGAAGAUAAGGAUGACGAUUCGGAACGUUCUUCAUCUAGAAGCAGACGAAAUUCAGAUUCCUCAAGAAGUUCUUCUGAUAGGAGUAGAUCCCGGUCGUCAGACAGGAGGCAAAGAAGGAAAAGGAGGAAGCGUGGUAGAAGCUCGUCCAGUUCAAGGUCAUCAUCCUCUUCUAGGUCAAGGUCCCGAUCGAGUGUUGCUCCUAUGGGACCUCCUCCUCGUAUCAACUCUGCAAACAAAGGAGCUCAGUUGCUUGCGAAAAUGGGUUGGCAGGGCGGUGGACUUGGCUCUGAACAGCAGGGAAUAGAAGAACCAAUCAGCGGCGGUGAAGUGCGAGAUAAAGCAGAUCAGUUUCGCGGUGUUGGGUCAAAACCAGAUAUGUUCGAAGAAUACCGUCGGCAGAUGAGUGGAUAUCACAGGAAUCGGAACAGAAAUAGGCUUGAUUAA